UGGCAGAGCCAAGCUUUUCCGGCUAAAGUUAUGUUGCGUCUGGUUUGGUAUAAAAACUCUCGCUGCCAUCCGUGGUUGUGUCAGUUGUGGAUUUGCACUAAACCCACUAGUUAACCCAAGCGGAGUGUUUUAAGCUAUGAAAGCCUUUGUGUGCCUCCUGCUCAUCGGAGCGGCCAGUGUGACGGCUAAGCCUAAGCCCGGCGGAGGAGGUGGCUGGUCCUCUGGAGGAGGUGGAGGCGGUUGGUCAUCAGGAGGUGGUGGCGGUGGUGGUGGUCAUGGAGGCGGAGGAGACGUGCAAAUCAUUAAAGUGAUUACGGAGAGUGGAUCUUCUGGAGGCGGCGGAGGAGGAGGUGGCUGGUCCUCAGGAGGAGGCAGCGGGGCCGGAGGGGGAUGGUCUUCUGGAGGUGGCGGCGGUGGCUGGUCCUCAGGGGGAGGCGGCGGAAGCGGAGGCGAUGUUAAACUCAUCAAAAUCAUAAGUCUCGGCGGCGGCGGAGGAGGUGGAGGAGGACAUGGUGGUGGUGGAGGAGGAGGAGGAGGCUGGUCUUCUGGAGGAGGAGGAGGUGGCGGUUGGUCAUCAGGCGGAGGUGGUGGUCACGGAAGCAGCGGAGGUGGCGGCACCAAGGUCAUAAAAAUCAUCAAACUGAGCUCUGGCGGCGGCGGCGGCGGCCAUGGAGGUGGCGGCGGCGGCCAUGGAGGCGGCGGUGGCGGCGGUUGGCAGCCAGCUGGAGGUUGGGCCUAAAAUCUUUGUCCAAUUCUAGAACGUUGUCAAAUCAAUCUUUAACCACUUUUGUAAAUACUGUACAUAUGUAUCCAAAAUGAAAUUUUUUUGUUAUUACGUUACUUACCUACAAAUUGUAACAAAUGGCACAUGCUUGUAAUAACCAACUUGUUAAAUCAAUAAAUGUACCCCAGUACAAAUAGCAAUAUAAAAGAGGAAAAUGAAAGAGCCCAUCAACACUUAAUAUUUUGAACUUUAUUUUAUGCCGAAAAAUUGAAUUACUUUCUUGUUAGCAGGCGAUCAUUAUCAGUAGCAGGUUUAUUGAAAUAAACUACCAACUGAGCGUUGGUCGCCUUCUGGAAAUUCUGAUUUCCAGGUGUUUUAAACCGAAAAAUCACCCAAUUUGCCCUAAAAAAUUCUGAUUUGCAUGACAAAUAUGUAGUUUUCUACUACAACCAAAACAAUUUCAUUAAAAAUCUUAAUGUUAUAGGGCAAAUUUUGUGAUUUUUCGGUUUAAAACACCUGGCGAAUAGACGUUCCAACAGGCUGCGCCCACAAGUACACAAUCAUUUUCAGGUGCUGAGUUUUAAAACGCUGCACAAAAGUAGGUAAUACAUUAACUUUAGCUUUGAGUUCCCAGGUAAAGAAGUUGGAAUACGCUUCUAAUGUAAAAGCUUGGUAGAUAAUACGAACAUGAAGCUUUGUAAAAAUAUACUGGGUUUAUUCUGUUUUUCCUUUUUGUCCAAUUAAGAGGGAUUUUCCAACAGAUGGCAUGCAAAUAAUUGCUACUACUCUAACUGAGUAGUAUCAUCGGGUAUACUCCGGUAUACCCAUUCAAUUUCAAUUAAGCUUGAUAUUCCGAUUUUUUAACGAGUGCGGUACAUCUGCUUAUC